GCUGGGCUGCGGGGAGCAGCCUCGCCGCCCCGCAGUGCUUCCCCCACCGCCUCCGGCAGCCGCUGCCACCCGCCCGGGGCUGAGGGAGAGCGGACGCCGUGUCGGCGCAGGGCUCCGUCGUUCCCAAAGUUGUCUGCUCGGGGCUGCCCCGCGCCCCAGGGCUGGCACCGGCCCCGGGUGUGCGCGCUGCUGCCGAGGUGCGGGCUGUGACAGCGGCUGCGCUGCGUAGCGCGAGCGGCUUGGUGGUAACAGGUCUGCUGAGAAACAAAGCUGCCCGCCCGUUCGCCGCCAGAAUCGCUGAGCGUGGAAAAGCAGAAGUUACGCGCCGCGGCGCCCACGGGGCAUCCCACACCGCUCGGCGCGUCCCGCAGCGCCUUGGCAUCCCGGUCACGUCUGCCUACGGAACGGAGCGGUGUGCGGCGGGAGCCUUUGUCUGCCAGGUGUUCGGGCACCUAGGUGGGUGCACAGGGCGCAGCUGAUGCGGCCUGGCUACCCGGUGUCGGCUGAGAUGAAAGCUUUCUUAUCGGGAAUGGCUGCUCCGCUAUCGGAGCAACAGCCUGGUGAAGUUAAAGCACAGCACAGCAUCGCGCACACCUUCACUGCCGGCAGGAAUCUGGAAGGUGUGGGUGAUGCCUCCCUCGGCGGUCAGAGGCUGCUCUGGGUGCCCGCGGCCCUUACAGCCCCGGUGCAGUCAGGGUGCUACGAAGGUAGCGACGGGAGAGCGGGAAGGUGGAGGCAAGCCCUGUCUGUGCUGCCCUCCCAGCUGCAUCCUCCUCGCCUUUGCAUUUUGGCUAUCGGGGGAGCUGGCACCCAGCUCCUUAUCGCAGCCUUUUCUGAGAACGUCGCCAACUUGAUUUGAGGAGGAUUUGUCGGGAAUGACCGUGCUGUCUGCAGGGUUAGACAUCAGACAGGAGCUGUAACCAGGUGCGUGUAACCCACAACUGCGAAGCAAAAAUCGCAGUUAGAAGGGAAAGAGCAACGGGGAAACAAGUCUGCGGAUUGUUAUUGUUAAGAGAUCCAUUUACUAUGCCCUUGAUUGCAAACUUAAUACACGUAAAAUUACAACACGGAGAAGAGACGCUUGUGACAAUCGGAGAUACGGCUUGCUUUCCUUUCCCGGUUAGGACCCUUGUGAAGUCAUGUCCAUUAAAGCCCUGAACGGAGGCAACUAACCAAUAACUGCCGUGGAAGCAACAAGGUUCCCCCCGAGCCCCGCCUGCCAGCUUCAAGAAAAAGGGGAAAAUCGGCGGUGUCAAUCAGGCGCACCGCAAAACAGCGAGGCCCUCCCCGCAGCCGGCGCGGCCCCGGGAGCGGGCAGAGCCCCGCGCCGACGGGAGCCGGGGGCCGCGGGGCUGCCAGGCGCGGCCGGGCGGGAGGAUAUUGGCUGCGAGGGCGCGGAGGCUCCUCCCAGAGCCCGGCCGCCGAGAUUUUGGGAGGAUUUCUUGUAACUCACUUCCAAACCUGGCUGAGGGAAAGAAGUUGCCGUCGUAGCUUCUGCUACGACACUCCCGCACCUCCCCGCAGCCGCCUCGGAUGCUUCGCUUCACUCGCGGAGGAGGGCUGCCGCUGCCGGGGGGAGCGCUCCCGCUCUGGAUGUGGCUGUUUCUGUGAAAGCGUCGGCUAGAAGGGGCCGGGCGGGAAGACAAUGAGGGAAAGCCGGCCGGCCGAGCGCCCCGCUCCCCGGCAUUCUCCCGAGGACUGACGGUGUUCGGCGCUCAGCGUUGAGGCGGCGGCGGCGGCGCCCGGCGCGGGGGCUUCCCGGGACCGACGGUUUCCUUCGGCUGCUGACCGGGGGGAGCCCACCCGCGGAGCCACCAUGAAUUCGGUGGCUGGGAAUAAGGACAGGGUUGCGGUCACAGCGCGGAGCAGAAAAUACGGGGUGACCGAGCCCUGCUCGCCCACCAAGCCCGCCGCCCCCUUCUCCCCCGAGAGCUGGUACCGCAAGGCUUACGAGGAGUCCCGCGCCGGGAGUCGCCCGGCCCCGGAGGGAGCCGGCUCGGCGCUCGGCUCCUCGGGCACCCCGUCCCCCGGCUCCGGCACCUCCUCGCCGGGCUCUUUCACAGGCUCCCCGGGGCCCGCCUCGCCCGGCAUCGGCACCAGCUCCCCCGGCUCGCUGGGAGGCUCGCCGGGCUUCGGCACCGGCUCGCCGGGCUCCGGCAGCGGCGGCGGCUCCUCGCCGGGCUCCGACCGCGGCGUCUGGUGCGAGCACUGCAACGCCCGCCUGGCGGAGCUGAAGAGGCAGGCGCUGAAGCUGCUCAUCCCCGGGCCCGUCAGCAGCAAGGACCCGGGCUUCUCUUCAGUGAUUCAUGACAAACUCCAAGUUCCCAAUACUAUUCGGAAGGCAUGGAAUGAGAAAGACAACAGAUGUGACGUUUGUGCCACGCACUUGAACCAGCUGAAGCAAGAGGCCAUUCAGAUGGUGCUGACCUUAGAGCAGGCUGCCAACUCAGAACAUUACGAUGCCUCUCCAGGAUCCCCCCCACCCCUCUCUAAUAUCCCCACACUAGUGGGUUCCCGGCACAUGGGCAGCUUGCAGCCCAGGGACUGGGCAUACAUGCCCGCUCCUUAUGCCACAUCUAAUUAUACAGGCUUUGUUGCCAACAAACACAGUGGAAAACCCAACAGUCUAGGAAUUGUCAAUGGGGUGGAGAAGAAAAAUGGCUCUCCUGGACACCAAGCCAAGGUCAGCUUUCAGAUGGCCACCAGCCCCAGCAAUGGUAAUGUUCUCAAUUCUGUGGCUAUCCAGGCUCAUCAGUACCUUGAUGGCACUUGGUCUUUGUCGAGAACGAACGGCGUUACUCUAUAUCCCUACCAAAUAUCUCAGCUUAUGACAGAGACUAGUCGAGAGGGCCUGACUGAAGCAGCAUUGAACCGCUACAAUGCAGAUAAACCCUCCUUGUACAGCUUCCCUGCUUCCCAGAGCACAUAUGUUGCUGCUGAUGUAUCUACAGGCACCUCGGUGGCAGCAUCUUUUUUUGCCAGAGCCGCUCAGAAAUUGAACCUGUCUUCCAAAAAGAAGAAGCACAGGCCUUCUGCAUCAUCUAUUCCGGAAUCUCCUCUCUUCUCCACCAGCUUCAGCAGUAUCCUUCAGGCUUCCCCACCCCCUGCACCACCAUGUUUGUUGAGGGCAGUCAGCAAAGUGAAAGACACCCCUGGUGUGGGCAAGGUCAAAGUCAUGGUGCGCAUUUCUUCCACGCUUGCUAGAGACACGUCUGAGUCCAGCUCUUUCUUAAAAGUUGACCCCCGUAAGAAGCAAAUCAUGCUCUAUGACCCAGUGACCUGUGGAGGUCAGAAUGCUUUCCAGAAAAGGGCCAACCAGGUUCCACCCAAGAUGUAUGCUUUCGAUGCAGUGUUCCCCCAAGAUGCAUCACAGGCUGAAGUAUGUGCUGGGACUGUGGCUGAGGUGAUCCAGUCAGUGGUCAAUGGUGCAGAUGGCUGCGUGUUCUGCUUUGGCCAUGCCAAACUUGGGAAGUCAUACACCAUGAUCGGCAAGGAUGAUUCCAUGCAAAACCUUGGCAUUAUCCCUUGUGCCAUCUCCUGGCUCUUCAAGUUGAUUAAUGAACGCAAAGAGAAGACAGGAGCGCGCUUCUCAGUCCGAAUUUCUGCAGUGGAAGUGUGGGGGAAAGAAGAAAAUCUUAGAGACCUGUUAUCCGAAGUGGCUACAGGAAGCCUGCAGGAUGGCCAGUCCCCAGGUGUCUACCUUUGUGAGGACCCCAUUUGUGGCAUGCAGCUCCAGAACCAGAGUGAGCUCCGUGCCCCAACAGCAGAGAAGGCCGCCUUCUUCCUGGAUGCUGCUAUCGCCUCGCGGCGUGGCAGCCAGCGGGACUGUGACGAGGAGGAUCACCGCAACUCCCACAUGCUCUUCACCCUGCACAUCUACCAGUACCGCAUGGAGAAGAGUGGCAAAGGCGGAAUGUCUGGAGGUCGCAGCCGCUUGCACCUUAUUGACCUGGGGAGCUGUGUGAAAGUGCUCGGCAAAAACCGGGAGGGAAGUUCUGGCCUCUGUCUCUCGUUGUCAGCACUGGGCAAUGUCAUCCUUGCCCUCGUCAACGGAAGCAAACACAUCCCGUACAAAGACAGCAAGCUCACCAUGUUGCUUCGAGAGUCCCUGGGGAAUAUGAACUGCCGCACCACAAUGAUAGCUCACAUUUCAGCCGCUGCGGGGAACUACGCUGAGACACUGUCCACCAUCCAGAUUGCAUCCAGAGUCCUCAGGAUGAAGAAAAAGAAAACUAAGUACACUUCGAGUUCUUCUGGAGGAGAGAGCUCUUGUGAGGAGGGCAGGAUGCGGCGGCCAACCCAGCUGAGACCUUUCCAUUCUAGAAACACCGUUGACCCAGACUUCCCUAUUUUGCAUUUAUCAAGUGAUCCUGAUUAUUCAUCCAGCAGUGAGCAGUCCUGUGACACGGUGAUUUAUGUUGGCCCCAAUGGCACUGCCCUUUCUGAUAAGGAACUGACAGAUAAUGAAGGUCCCCCUGACUUUGUUCCCAUAGUUCCUGCACUGCAGAAGACCAAAAAUGAGGGCAGGCUGGAGGAAGGUAGUGAAUCAGGGCCGAGCACAUCUGAAAGAGAUUGCCUGAAGUGCAACACCUUUGCAGAGCUCCAGGAGAGGCUGGAUUGCAUAGAUGGCAGUGAAGAGACCAACAAAUUUCCCUUUGAAGAGAUGCCUGCUCAAUUUAGCUCAGACCAGAUGUCUAAGUGCUCUGUCUCAAGCCAACUGGCAGAGCUUAGUCACUUACCAGAGUCAGAUAAGGAAGAUAUGAUGCCAGAAUGUCAGCAUCCUGAUAGAGAAGCCAAGGAAAAUAUAAAUGCAACCCCCAGCAAAACUAAGAGAAAUCACUCCCCCAUUCCUUCUGGAGCGCAUACUAAUAUUUCAACUCCUUCUUCUCCCAGGAGUGUAACAGGCAGCUCUAGCAAAGAGCUUAGCUCUUGCCAGUUAGCACACAGUACCAGCUUGCAGAGCAGCAGAGAAGGUCUCAACACCUGUGGCUUUGUGGAAGGGAAACCAAGGCCAAUGGGUUCGCCCCGGCUUGGCAUUGCGAGCCUCUCCAAGACAUCUGAAUACAAGCCACCAACUUCUCCUUCCCAGAGGUGCAAGGUCUAUACACAGAAAGGAGUUCUUCCCAGCACCACACCCCCACCAGCUACCCUGAGUAAGGACACUGAGAUGGCAUCAACUGAAUCUUUGUUACAGCCAGAAAUCCGGACCCCACCUGCGGGAAUGAGCCCUCAGAUCAUGAAGAAGUCUGUGUCUUCCAGCAAUGGGGAUUUUGUAGAGACAAUUCUCAAUGAAGAUCAGCAACAAAGCCAUUCUCCUGAAUCCAAGAAGGAGAUUCUGAGCACCACUAUGGUGACUGUGCAGCAGCCGCUGGAACUGAAUGGAGAGGACGAGCUGGUGUUCACCCUUGUAGAAGAGCUAACCAUUAGUGGGGUCCUUGACAAUGGGCGCCCAACCAGUAUCAUCAGUUUUAACAGUGACUGCUCUGUGCAGGCUUUGGCCUCUGGGUCUAGGCCAGUCAGUAUUAUCAGCAGCAUAUCUGAAGAUCUUGAAUGUUACUCCAGUGCAGCUCCUGUGUCUGAGGUCAGCAUCACACAGUUCCUUCCACUUCCAAAGUUGGGCCUGGAUGACAAGUCCCAGGAUGAUGGCAGCAGACGCUCAUCUAUCAGCUCAUGGUUGAGUGAAAUGAGCACAGGGAGUGAUGGUGAACAGUCAUGCCACAGUUUCAUUGCCCAGGCAUGCUAUGGGCAUGGAGAAGCAAUGGCAGAACCUCCUGUCUCUGAGUUUGCAAGCACCGUACAAAGUGCCAGCAUGAUUUGUGUAGGUGACAAACAGAAGCCAGUGACAGACAACAUGCUUAUAUUGUCAGAAAUGGGGGAGGAAGCUUUCAGUAAAGUGCCACCCAUCAAAGGCUGUAAAAUAUCAGCUCUAGGGAAAACUACUGUCACAAUUAAAAACACUGCAAAUCUCAGCAGCUGUGAGGGCUACUUCCCAAUGAAGACAAACAUUACUGUUUAUCCAUGUAUUGCUGUUAAUUCCUUCAAAGCACAAGACACUGAUGAUGCUGUAUCGGCAGUAAGUGCAGAUCCAAAGGUUGCUCACCCCCAUGAGGGAAAAGAACCUAAUGCUAAGAAGGAUAUCAAAUUUGAAGAUCCAUGGCUGAAGAGAGAAGAUGAUGUAAAAAAUGACAGCUCUGGGAACACUGAUGGGUCGAGGUCUGACAUGACCACAGUUUCAGCCAAACCUGAGCAGAACACAAAGCAGUCCUCAGCAGACAGGUUUAGCAUCAGCAGCAGUGGAGACGCCUCUGUCUCCCCAGGAUGUGACAGUCUGAAGAGGAUUGUGGACGGAUGUGAGAUGGCAGCAUCUGGCUCUGCAACCCAAAGUCCCGUUCAUUCCUGUGAUGGCUUGAAGGGCGGCAGCCUCCCUCGAGGGCUCCCAAAAGCAAGCAAGCCAGAAGAGCCUGACAGUCACCUCCAUUCUGCUGCCUCUGACAGCAAUGGAGUUGUUUCUCCUGCCCACGCCCAAUUUUCUAAGGCCAGCCUAGACAAAAAAAUGGCCUCUCCCAAACACUGUGUCCUCACUCGCCCCAAAGGGAACCCUCCUCUGCCUCCAGUGAGAAAGUCAAGUUUGGAUCAGAAGAACAGAGCCAGCCCCCAGCACAGUGCUGCCAGCAGCACCACCAGCAGUCCCUCUGGCCAGCCCGCGCCCUUCCUGGCCAGCUUCCCCGAGGAGCUGAAUGCCAAACCAAAGGGCCCUGGCAUUGACAACAGCAGCAACAACAGCAGCAGCAAGCUGUUCAGUGCCAAGCUGGAGCAGCUCGCCAGCAGGACCAACUCCCUUGGGAGGUCCACAGGAAGUCACUAUGAGUGUCUGUCUCUGGAAAGAGCAGAAAGCCUGUCCUCUGUGAACUCCAAAAUGAACCCUGGCAAAGACACCACCAUGCCUAGGACUGGAAGGAGCGUCAGCCGCAGUGUCAUGUCCUCACCAACCAACUCAGCUCUCUCCCAGUCUGCAGGAGCCUCGCCAAAAGCCGGACAGUCAAAGAUCUCUGCAGUCAGCAAGCUCCUGUUGGCAAGUCCCAAGGCCCGAAGCCUGUCUGCCUCUGCUACCAAAACGCUCAGCUUUUCGACCAAGUCUCUGCCUCAGUCUGUUGGGCAGAGCUCCAGUUUGCCUCCAAGCGGGAAGAAUAUGUCCUGGUCAACACAAUCCCUCAGCAGAAACCGAGGCUCUAGCCUUGCUUCUAAAUUGCCCCUUCGGGCUGUCAAUGGACGGAUUUCAGAGCUGCUCCAAGGCAGUGCCAGCUCCAGAGGCUUGCAGCUGCGAGGAAACGUAGAAGCAGAUGAGCGUAGUGGCCUUCAUGGAGAGGAGAAACCGACAGUUCACGUGCUGCCAUCCCCUUACAGCAAGAUCACGCCUCCCAGGAAACCUCAUCGCUGCAGCAGUGGUCAUGGGAGUGACAACAGCAGUGUCCUGAGCGGGGAGCUGCCCCCUGCCAUGGGGAAGACUGCCCUGUUCUACCACAGCGGGGGCAGCAGCGGCUACGAGAGCAUGAUGAGGGACAGCGAGGCAACAGGGAGUGCCUCUUCUGCACAAGACUCCAUGAGCGAGAACAGCAGCUCCGCCAGUGGCAGGUGCCGGAGUCUCAAAACUCCAAAGAAACGAUCAACCACAGGCUCACAGAGACGGAGGCUUAUUCCAGCUUUAUCGCUUGACACCGCUUCCCCAGCAAGGAAGCCUGCCAACAGCCCUGGGGUCCGCUGGGUGGAUGGGCCCCUGAGAAGUGCACAGAGGGGGCUGGGGGAGCCCUUUGAGAUCAAAGUCUAUGAGAUAGAUGAUGUGGAGAGACUCCAGCGGCGACGAGGAGGAGACAGCAAGGAUGUGAUAUGUUUCAAUGCCAAGCUGAAGAUCUUGGAGCAUCGCCAGCAGAGAAUUGCUGAGGUCAAGGCCAAGUACGAGUGGUUAAUGAGGGAACUGGAGGUGACCAAACAGUACCUGAUGCUGGAUCCUAAUAAAUGGCUCAGUGAAUUUGAUCUGGAGCAGGUAUUUGAGCUGGAUUCUCUGGAAUACCUGGAGGCCCUGGAGUGUGUGACUGAACGUCUGGAAAACCGUGUCAACUUCUGCAAGGCUCAUCUCAUGAUGAUCACCUGUUUUGACAUCACCUCUAGGCGCAGAUAAAGAGCGAACCUCAAGAGAACUUCAAUGCACAUCUCUGCCAUCCUCCUUUUCCCUUCUGAAUAGCAUCCCAAAGACAACAGAAUGAGGAUGAAGGUUGGAGUCAAGUCUCAACUGUGCGUAUGAGAGAUUUGCUUUACUAUACAGAAGAGUAGUAUUAAAAAAUAACAGGACAAGCAUGAAAAAAUGGAGAUAGAAGGAUGUUGAUUCUCUUAGCCUAAAAGAGCACUUUGAGGAACCUUUAAGGACAUGUCUGUAAAUAAGAACUGCUGGCAGAAGAGACUUCUUUCCCUGCAUUAGCUGAGGGAGGAGGGAAGGCGGUUGUAGGACUUCCACUUGAGAGGUUCAUUAGAAGAAAUCCUAUCCAGAAAGACUGUUCAAGUGCCUUGCAAAUCUUUAUUAUCCAAACAUUUAUGUUCAUACUUUCUUGUGUACAGAUGGUGCUAGUCAAGAGAUGAAAAAGGAAAAAAACAAAACACACUUUUGAAAUGUACUUACAGCUUGUUUUUCUCUUGGUGUUUUCUCCUGUUUCAGACUUGCUGUUUCUAAGUAACUUGUGUUUGUAGAGAUAUUUCCUAAUCAGUACAACAUACGAAUAAAUGUUAACUGUCUUUUAUUGUUAACAGAGUAAGGCCACUCAAAGAGAAAUUAGCUUCCGAGAUGACACAUAAAUAUUUCUAGCAGUGAGAAGGGUUUGCUUAUAUGCUAUUCUGUACAAUCUUACGUGUUAGAGGCCACAGUAAUUUUCCCAACCACUAGGUUCUGCAGUGUGUGAAGGAGGAGAGGUGACAUUACAGUGAGGUAAGCUUCUUUUGCAUUUGGUUUAACCCCCACAACUUGCUUUCUUUUUCAUAUAUUUUUAGCUUUUUACUGGCUAGAGCUAUGGAUGAAGAGGUACUUUUAUCCUAACACCUUUUUCCAGGGCUAAUAACUCAAUGGCAAAUUACUCUUCAGGGUGAGGACUCUCAUGCUUAUUAGUCCAAAAAUGAGUGAUUUCUUUUGUCCUUCUUUCUUGAUACCAUGACUGAUAAAAUUUAACUUUGCUUUUUUUCUUUUCUAAGCAAAUACCACUGCAAAACAUGUUUUGUCAGCAUCUGGUCCCUGGCCCAGACAAACCUGAAAGGUGCAGAGAUGUGCAGGCUCUGUUAAGCUCAGCUAGUCCAGAAAUAAGUAGGAGUCACGAGCGAGCAGAUGUAGUAAUUCAGGCAUGUUGACUGUGAUGUUUUCCUAAUCAGCACUCCCUUAUUUGAACUAUGACAAAAUUCACAUUAACAUCAAUGGGUGACAUCUUCUAGUGGGUGGCAACCUUGCUCAUGGCAAGGGGGUUGGAACUGCAUGAUCUUUUAGUCCCUUCCAACCCAAAACAUCCUAUGAUUCUGUGAUUAAAAGGAUGAGGGCCUGGGCCUCAGUGUACACCCAGAUACUCUACUUGUUUGCAUCUUUAUCUAUAAAACAGUAUGUGGGGAGGAACAUCCUUUGUGUUACUUAAAGAAGUGUGUGAAAUUUGCAUGCUAAUUAUGUAUGAGCGUAAAUAAUUUUUUCCUGUAUGGUUUUCUUCUUCUUUUAUAUUGAAAUAAGUACUUUCUCAAAAAAAUCCUCUCACAUACCCUUGUGUGACCUUCCUGUUGGUUAUCAGAAAGUAAGAUCAGCAUUUGACAUAUACUCAGUAUGCAUCAGUUCAUCAAUUUACUGUUCUUACAUGUAGCUCUUUCUUUACCUGCAUCAUCAUAUUAAUGCCAUUUUACAAUAUGACAAGCACUAACUCCUGGUGGAAAAAAUCCACAAAAAUAAUGAAGGAUUUUUCUAGUGAUCACCUUAAAAAAAAGAUAGAAAUAACAUUUAUAUAUUUUCUUCAAAUUCUCUAUAAUGUAUAUUAACAAAUCUUAUUCCUUCUAUGAGCCUUGUCACUGCAUUUUGUAGAAAAUCCUUCUUAGAUUUCAUAGUCUUAUUUGGGGGUGAAAAACCAACAUACAUGAAAGUUCUUUCCUGUUCUAUUUCACAGCAUUUUCUUAUCAUGAAUCUCAUAUUCACUAAAGACAUAGGUCUGAUUCUUUCCCUUUCUCAAUACAAAAAACAAAACCAAAAAAAAAAAGAAAACAGUUCAAUUUCUCUGGUUUGUUUCUCUUUGUAAUGAUUGUAGUGGCGCUUGUUCUGUUGGGGCAUCUCUUCUCCAUAGAUCCCCAUGAUUUCAGUACAGUCCUACAGAGCCACUGCCUCUGCAGUUCUGUGCUGGAGGAAGACCUAGUACCUUUGGGAUACGGAGCAUGUCUUCUUUUGUGGAUUCAGUCUUGCAGUCCCAGAUUCAUGCUGUCAGGUCACAUACACAUGAAAGAGGCUUUCCCAGCAGCUCCCAUCUCUUACUCACCUGUGUCCACAGGUAGCCCUGUAGGCUUCCCAGGCUGUCACUUGUGUCUGCUCUGCUCCUCUUUCCCUCAUUGGUCACUCCUCCACAUUAGAUUCCCCACUUCAAUUAUGCACAGGAAAUUAUGUGUUGCCUUCCUUAGGCUUAAGCAUUUUCGAAAAUCUCUUUAUUAGAAAGCAGUCAUUGGGCUAAAUGGAUGCAUUAUCUUUCCUCUGCUGAGAAUUACCUGACCAAAUGGAUUAUACCAAGGAUGAAUUUGGCAUACCGAAAGUUAUGUAGUGACUGAGCAGAAUCACACUCCUCACAAAUAUUUUCUUUCUGAGGACUUACUUAAUUAUAAUGGCCAUUAACACUCCUAUCGCGCACUAGCAUUCAUAUCGUAAAAUCAAUAGUCAUCUUUUCUUUUUGACUUUCUGUCGGUGCAUUUCAAAAUUUGUGACUAUAUUUUUGGGAAUUGUGGUGGCUUAAUGCAUAAAAGGGAAGGUAAAUUUGAGGAGAUGUGACAUCUGUGAAACAUUUUCUUGGUUGAAAUAGCUUUUUGCUUUAGAAUUUAUUUAUUUUAUUGUACUUAAAAUAUCUGCAAAACAGAUAAUUAAAAACAUCACGACCAUACUAAAAUUGCUUUUAGUCUAUAGUAGCCAGCAUUUUACAGAAGACCCAUACACUCCUGCAAGUCAUCCCGGAAGUCGCAUUCUUUUAGCAAUUGCCAGUAUAAUGCUGCUUUUUUCCUGAUUUCUUUGAAAGUCAUCAAGUUACCCAACAUACACAAGAGCGAUGUGAAUGGAGUCCUUAAUUGUUUGCAUAUUCAGAAAUCAAUCUAAUUUCUCUGGAACAGCUUUAGUGGGAAACAGCAAUGUUAAUGCAAUUAGAAGGGAAGGUUAAAUCUUUGUUCGCUGGUGUAACAGAGGACCACAGAUCCUUAUUAUCAUGUUCUGUAAUGACUGCAGAGCAGCAGCCAUUAGUCUGCAUUACUAUAGCUAUGUUCAGGCUGACUGCUUGAGUAGUCUGGGCCUGACGCUGAAACCUUCCAUCUUGAAAAAAACUUUUUGUGCUUGAACGUUAUUUCUACAAGAGGCAGAGCUUGUUCUACAACCACAAAUUCAGGUGAGACCCUAGAUUUGGGAGUUCGGCUGCAAUCUGAAUUCACCCAUCCCACUGUUCCUCACACUAGCGCUGGCAGUGGGCAGAAAGCCUGGGUCUUAGACCAGCAGCUCAGGAGCUCUGGCUCCCUUCAGCACAUGGGAGAACCCUAAUUCCUGGUGCAUUUGUCAUAGUUACCCGUGGCUUUUCUCCCACCAUCCAUGCCUUGUAUUUGCUUCAGAAUGACUUCUUGUCAAUUCAUUCAGACCUAAGCAAUCAGAAGUAUCAUUUCAUAGCAAGACAGGCAACAAACUGAUACCCAAGCUGUCCUUCCUUAGCUCUUUACUAUGUCUGUAUGCUCACACAAUAGACUUAGUCCUUUUAAAAAUGUUUAUCUCAAUAAUGUGGUUUGUCUUAAAAUAGCACUACUAUCCAUAGCAUGGGAUUCAAAUUUUAUGACAGCUGAAGGAAAUGUACUUUCUGACAAACACUGCCUUUUACAAAUGUUCAUGAUUUUGUAUUUUUUUGUGUGUGUGAGCUAAAAGUAAUGAUAAAACCAAAGGGCAGUAUAUACAUACAGAGAAAUGCAUAUGAGCGUAGCCUGAGGGAAACACCCCACACAAGUUUCUGUGAGGAGAUUGCACAGCUGUUCACAAAUGGCAGCAACACUGGUCCCCUGCUCCUCCAAGGUUUACCUUUAAAAUCUUUCUCCUAUCACUCACCAAGAUGAAGCUGACUUAUGCCACACUACAGGGAAAACUUACGCUUGAAACUCUUUUGAAGGCUUCCUUCAAAGGGCCUUUAUUCCCGCUGUUCUUCAGCCUAUAAAGCUAAGUUACUGCAGUUCCCAUGCAGAGGCUGUCAUUGAAAUGUUAAGGCCUGUCAAAGUAAUCCAAAAGAACCACUCUGUAUUUCAGGGUGUCACAAGUUGAAGGCAAGAUAUCUCACAAUCACCACUGUUAAAGACAACAAUUUGUGCUUUUCCAUGAUGCAUAUACCCUGGGUACAUCAAUUCAAAGCCAGGACUCAUAGCCCUGUAUGAGAUAAAGCUUUCUGUCAAGUCCUCAUCAUUCUAAAAAUUGUAAUUUGUAAGUUUCAGUGUUGCAGAGGGCUGCCUAUAGCAAAUGUUCUCAUAAACCAGAGGUGUAGUGACCCCCUGCUGCCCAUUCCUAUGGGAGAAUGUUCACAAAGCACCGGGGAUGCACCAGCUCACUUCCAGAGGUCAAAGGAUUUAUAUCACCGCAUAAUGAUAGGAGUAAGAGAUGGUACUAUUUCUCAAAUCCAUGGAUAGAUGACAUACCUUGCAUAACCCUGAUGGCCUUCUAGCCCUUGUUUUCUUACUCCACAGGCUUUUGUGUUGGUAACACCCAGCACUUUUUGGAGACAGAAGGCUGGAUGUUGCUAGCUAUUACAAGACUUGAAAUAGGCUUUCAAGUAACUAUGGCAAACAAAACUGUGAAUGAUUUGUCAGUGCAAAGGUAAUAAUCUCUAACUCUUGCAUUUAUUGUGUGCUCAUCACAGGGUUAUCUAAGCCUCCAUACCUGCUCUUGGAAAUUAUAAACCAUUUUAUUAUUGGCUUUAUCUUUUCUUCUUUCUCCUUCUCAAGCAACUUUACUUAAAAAAAAAUAGAAAAAAAUAAUUUUCCCUUGAAAAUGUAGCACCCUUAUCUUGACCCUAUUGAAGUCGAUAUGAAUUUUUCCACCAGCUUCACUGACAGCAGACUCAGUCUUACUUACUUAUGCAGCAUUUUGAAACUCAUAAAGAGACUGACUGUUCUACAAAGAACAAGGUACUGAAAGUGAAAUAAUAACAUCCAUAAUAUUUCAAACCACCUUCAAAACUCACUCAGACAGGAUAAAAAUCCACAACCCAAUCCAUCUUACUUUGAGUGGUCCUACUUAAGUAUUGAGCAAACUUUAUAAUAAUGGUAAUAAAAUGGUGCUUGAGGCAGUUUCAGCUAUAUUACAUAUUCUCUAUAUACUAUCAAUAUGGAUGUAUUCACCCCCUCCAUUGUAUAUGUAUGUGUGAAUAUUUACAUAUAGCACACAUACAUAUAUAUAUUUUAUGUAUGCAUAGAUGCUAACUUUUCUAAGUAAGUUUUACUUCUUUCCCUCUCAUAGCUGAAACUGCUGGUUACUAACAUCCACAUCAUAUUCUAUGUAUGAAGGACAUAAUUUAUUUGUAAACUCAGGAUGUUCUUGUUUUAUAGAGUUGCUUGUAUUUUUUAAUUUAUUUACGCAUCAUGGUUGGAAAUGCUGAUCUAAGUGCUAUGCAUUGAAGUGUAUGUUUGCUAAAUUCAUUUCACUCUGUCUGUGGCUAUGUUCUUUCUCAUUGUAACAAUGGUAUAAAAUAGGGCUAAGGAGGAGACAAAAUGAUGGAUACAGAACAUACACUGGUCCCACCAGUGGGUGAUUCCAGAAGAGGAUGUAUCAGUAGCAUAUAUAUAUAUUUUAUCAACUAAAUUUUAUGGGAAAAAAAAAGAAAGAACAGCAUGAGGACAAGUUCAAAAUGUUGAACGUCACAGCCAUUUCCAAGUUGGUCAACAAAUGCAUUGAGCCUUUUGCCAUUAAAAUUGUAAAGUUUAUUGUUUGCUGGCUAAAAAAAAUAUCCCUAUUGUGGUAUCUGAGGUGUGAAACAUUGUCAAAAAUAUGAUGUCUGGAAAAAAAAUCAAACUAUAGUGGCAUUAAAUGUUUACUUUUAUCUUACCGAUA